CCGAGCCGAUCCAAGCCGAGCCGAUCCAAGCCGAGCCGAUCCAAGCCGAGCCGAUCCAAGCCGAGCCGCAGUUUAAAGGUCAACACUUCGAGGCCAACAUGGCGCUCUUCUUCUCUGGAGCCGUCACAAGUUCUCCAGUUAAACGGCGUCUGAGGAGGAAUCAGUGUCAGAGCCUCGACGCCUCCUUCCUCUCCCCCGACUCCUCGUACGUCUGUUACUCCUCGGCGGACGCAGGAAGUCCCUGCUGCUGCCGCCGCUCGCCCCGCCUCCUCACCAACGGGUACUACGCGGUGACGGAGGACAGCUUCUCGCUGGACGAGGACGGGAACGUGUCCCUGCUGGGCUGCAGGACCAACGUGUCCUACAAGGAGAACCUGGUCAGGUCUGGUUUUUCAGAACCUGCUGACCCGGUUCUGAUCACUGCUCRUUGGAUCAGAUUCUGUCUUCUUUCUGGGUCCAGAGUGUUCCGGCGCAGACGGCGGCCCCGCAGCGCUCUGGCCCGCCUGCUGAGCGGCGUCACAGAGACCUGCCAGUCCUGGCUGGACCAGAAAGUCUUCGGGGGUGUGUUCGGGACGAGACAGAACCAGGACCCAGACCUGGACUGGACCCAGAGCGGCCAGGUGGGCCCGUCUCCACUGGACGAGUCCUUGUGGUCGGACCUGAGCGGCGCCGAGCUGGAUGACGACUGCAGCUUCAUGUACGAUCCCACCCAAGYCCCGCCUCCUCCCGACAAAGAUGCUCCGCCUCCAAAGAUGCUCAUCCAGGAGGAGAUUUGCUCAGAGAUCUGUCAAUCAAAGCAGGAGUUGGGCGGGCUCUCUGAAGUCCCGCCUCCUUCGCCUUUCUACACCAACAGCUGCUGCUGUCAGACGUCACCUGAGCCGACAGGAUUAACUAUGAAGACGCUCCUGCUUCUCAUCUUCACCGUCUUCAUCCUCACUGCUCUCUUCUCAGGGUGUUGGUGGUGGAGCUCCAGUGUGACGUCAGCAGUGUUUGUGACCGUCGCCACUUUCAUGAUUCUGACCAAGUCUGGACCUCUGGGGGAGUGGAGACGAGCCAAGACCGAGGACAUCACAUCCAACAACGAGUGAGCCCAGACCAGAGACAAGUCAGGACCAGAGUCCUGACGGGACUCAGCAGGAAUGUAAUAAUUAUUGCUUUAUUUACAGUUUCUGAGCUCCGGGGGAACGAAAGCUAAAAAAACCCACAUUUUAAAUCAAUUUAAACUUUUUUUUACAUUAAAACCACAAAUCAGGUCAGCAGCUUCCUGUUUGGAUCAGAACUGAAGCUAAAAUCUGUUGUUGUUGUUUUAAAUGUUAAAAAGUUUUAUUUUAAAUACAAAAUCAAUGCUU